AUGAUACAGAGAAGGCAAUUAGGAAAAUCAGUUGAUGACAACAGGAAAGCAAGGAGACAGGGAAAAAAAAGGUCGACAAUUGGAAGGCAUAGUCGACAUAAGAGCACUAAUGAUAACGGUCUGAACUACUUUGCCACUAAUAAUGGAGUAACUAUAUCCAGUACAUCAUUGAAUCACAAAAGAACUCACAAGGCGACCUGGUUAUCUCCCGACCGAAAAACGCCAAUUCAAAUUGACCAUAUACUUAUUGACUCUCAACUUGUAUCGGGUAUCCAGGACGAAAUAUCCUUCCGGGGUGCAAACUAUGAUUCCGAUCAUUUCUUAGUUAUUGCUAAGCUGAGGGCUAAGAUUUCAAAAGCUCGUAAAUUGAAAGGUGAAAGUCAUAAGAGAGUUGAAUUCGAUAGAUUGAAAGAUGAAGCCACCAAUAAAAGCCUCCAGUUCAACUUAAAUGAGGUAAUUGACUCUUCAAACUUUGCUGAAAUGGAAGGAGUAGAAGCAAAAUGGAGUGUGCUAAAGGAUGCCAUCAUAACAGCAAAUUAUUUGCUAGGCACCAUGAAAAAAAAACUAAAUCAAAUGUCUGAUUCGAUCAGGAGUGUAUGCUGGCAUCUCAAGCAAAAAUGGAAGCAUAUUAAAACAUGA